AUGGCGACCACCAACUACGCCACCUUCAGCAGCGGCCCCAGCGGCAACGCCAGCAAGAAGCAGCUGUCGAUUCACAAGAUUCGCGACCUCCAACUGGAGACAGUUAACAUUGAGGCGAACUAUGACGUUCUCAAGGAGAUUGGCUCGGGGGACUACGGCAAGGUCAUCCUCGCGGCGCACAAGCUCUCUGGAUUUGAGGUGGCCCUAAAGGCGGUGCCACGGGCGACGACCACGCUGCGGGACUUUCUGAUUGAAUUCCACUACAGCUACUUUCUGUCGCCGCACUACAGCAUCCUCGACACCUACGAUGUGGCCUUUGAGACGCGUGACCACUACUACUUCGUCUGCGAGGUCGCCCCCUUUGGCGAUCUGUGGAAUGUGGUAGAGCGCACCAACGGCGCCGGCUUGGACGAGAAGAACGUCAAAAUAGUCAUCGAGCAGAUGGUCUCUGCGCUGCAGUUCAUGCACGAACUGGAGCUGGUGCAUCGAGAUGUGCGCGCCGAAAACAUUCUCAUCUUCAAUCCGGACCUGACAAAGGUGAAGUUGACCGACUUUGGCCUUACACGACGCGUCGGCACCACGGUAAAAAAGCGCGUCAAGUCGCUGCCCUCCUGCCCGCCGGAAGUCUGGCAGGCGGUCCUCCUCGAGGGCUACAGCAUCGAGACGGGCAGCGACGUCUGGCAGCUGGCCAUCAUGCUGGUCGUGCUGCUCACCGCGAAGUACCCCUGGGACAAGGCCGACAUCACCGACCCGAUCUUCAAUGAGUUCGUCGACUGGCAGAAGCGCAAGAGCACCCGAACGCCCCGAUUCUUCCGCGACUUCACGCCGCGGGUGCUCCGAAUGUUCCGCCGGCUGAUGGAGGUGAAGCCGAGUAAGCGAUAUCCGGUGACGGAGGUGCGCAAGUACAUCAAGGACCGGAGCCCAACCGCCAAGCAAACGUUUCUCGUAGCCAUUCCUGCAGCCACUUGCUGCAUCCGCAGCGUGAGCUAG